AAUGCUUGUCUCUCAUGGCUCUGUGAUUAAAGUCAAAAAGUUGUUGAUCAUCGUUGGUCAAAGCUUUUUAUUCAUUUCGACUAUCCUAAAAUUAAAAUGUCUUUAAUGAUGAAUGAUUCUCGCCCAUAUUUUGAAGAUUAUUCACAAAAACCAAUGCAGCGACAAUUUAGCCCAUAUGCAGAUAAUGGAGGGAGUAUUAUUGCUAUAGCUGGUGAUGAUUUCGUUGUAAUUGGAGCUGACACUCGAUUAAGUGCAGGAUAUUCAAUCUACACCCGUGAUCAAAAUAAGCUUUUUAAAUUAUCAAAUACAACUGUGUUAGGUUGUUCUGGUUGUUGGUGCGACACCCUUACCCUCACAAGAAUUUUGAAUGCUCGUAUGCAGAUGUACGAGCAAGAGCAUAAUAAGAUUAUGUCCACACCUGCUUGUGCCCAAAUGUUGUCAACUAUGCUUUAUUACAAACGAUUCUUCCCAUAUUACAUAUCCAACAUUUUGGCAGGAUUGGAUUCAGAAGGAAAAGGAUGUGUCUACAGUUAUGAUCCAAUAGGACACACAGAACGUUCGAGUUAUAAAGCUGGUGGAUCUGCAGGUGUUUUAUUGCAACCUCUAUUGGAUAACCAAAUAGGUCUGAAAAAUAUGGUCAACAUUCCUAAUGCCCCCCUUACCAUCGAGAGAGCAGUUGGUAUAUUAAAAGAUACUUUCAUCUCUGCAGCAGAAAGAGACAUACACACUGGUGAUAGUAUUAAAAUUAAUAUUAUCACUAAGGAUGGAGUCAAGGAAGAUUCUUUUGAAUUGAGAAAAGAUUAAACUAUUGUACUUUAUUUCAUUCAUUAAAUCUGUUUUGAUUUAUUAA